GCGAUCAUUAGUUUCUCUAAAUGAGAGGAGAAAACAAAUCUCUUAACUGAGGUCAGAGGAAAAAAAUCUAGGGCAUAAUUAGACUUUUCUUUUUUGCCUGUUAAAUACUGGAUGAUUUCACUUCUUAAGGCCCCUUAAAACUAUAAUAGGAGAGUGUUUAAUAAUUUUGAUAAAUAAUUCUGUAGGUGCAGGGACAUUUUAUGAUGAUGUCAAACAACACUGUGCUUUAAUUGUCAGGCACAGUCAGAGGACUACUAUCAACAGAGGAGAAAAUGUCUCCCUUGGAAGAUUUAGUUUUCUUCCUCUUCUCCAGUCCUACCACUCUGUUGGGGGCUGUUGCUGUCCUGCUCGUCCUCUGUCUUGUCUCCAGCAGUUUCUCCUCACAGGAAAUAGUGAGGGAGCCUCCAGGGCCGAGGCCUCUGCCCCUGCUCGGCAACCUGUUGCAUUUGGAUCUCAAGAGACCCGACAAAACCCUGUGUGAACUUUCAAAGAAAUAUGGAUCUGUAUUUACGGUUUACUUUGGAACCAACAAAGUGGUUGUGUUGUCUGGAUACAAGACAGUCAAAGAGGCUCUGGUCAGUCACACAGAAGAGUUUGGAGAUCGUUACAUUGCUCCCCUUGUGUAUGAUGCCAACCAAGGUCAUGGAAUUAUUUUUGCAAAUGGAGAAUCUUGGAAAGAGAUGAGACGUUUUUCCCUCUCCACCCUGAGAGACUUUGGGAUGGGCAAAAGAGUUGCUGAGGAUAAAAUCUUAGAGGAGUGCUGCCAUCUGAUUCGAAUGUUUGAAGAGCAUAAAGGGAAACCGUUUGAUACCACAUGUCCAGUGAAUUAUGCAACAUCCAAUAUUAUCUCCUCUAUCGUGUACGGAAGCAGAUUUGAAUACAGUGACCCUCGAUUCAAAAAGUUGGUGGGACGAGCGAACGAGACUGUACGCAUUACUGGUUCUGCACAAAUCCAGCUUUACAACAUGUUUCCCUGGCUGUUUAGUUGGAUAAAAAACCGGCAGCUGAUAUUAAAAAAUGUUGAGAUGGCUAUCAGAGAUGUCAAAGAUUUGAUCAAGCAUCUGAAAGAGACACUGAACCCUCACAUGUGCAGGGGGCUGGUGGACUGUUUUCUGAUUCGGAAACAGAAAGAAGAGGAAUCAGGCGGUACAGAAACUCACUACCAUGAGAACAACUUGCUAUUUACAGUGACCAACCUGUUUGCUGCUGGUACUGACACCACAGCAACUACACUGAGAUGGGGUUUGCUUCUUAUGGCCAAAUAUCCACAAAUACAAGACCAGGUCCAGGAUGAGUUGAGCAGGGUUGUUGGAAGCCGUCAGAUCCGGGUUGAUGACCGUAAAAACCUGCCCUACACCGACGCUGUCAUUCAUGAGACACAGAGACUCGCCAGCAUCGUCCCUAUGUCACUUCCUCACGAAACCAGUCGAGACAUCACCUUCCAGGGUUUCUUUAUCAAAAAGGGGACUAUUGUGUUUCCUCUGCUUACUUCUGUCCUGUACGAUGAGAGUGAAUGGGAGAGCCCACACACUUUCAACCCUUCCCACUUCCUGGAUAAGGAGGGUAAAUUCAUCAGGAGAGAUGCCUUUAUGGCCUUUUCUGCAGGUCGCAGAGUGUGUCUUGGAGAGAGUCUGGCCAAGAUGGAGCUCUUUCUAUUCUUCACCACACUCCUCCAGCACUUUCGUUUCACCCCUCCACCUGGUGUGACAGAGGAUGACCUGGAUCUGACUCCUGCUGUGGGCCUCGUCUACAGUCCUUCACCUCAUGAGCUGUGUGCCAUCAGUCGACUAUGAGAACGUUUUAUCACUGCCUGUGGUGAUGGCUUGACUUUUAUUUUACUCACCCUCACACAGGCUGUAACUUCUUUACUUGUUACUUGUUCACCA